AGCGGCGGGCGGCCGGGUUGUGCGGGGAGAGCGGCGGCGGCGGCGGCGGCGGCGGCGGCGGCGCGGGCGGCGCGGGCGGCAGGGGCGCCUCGGCCCGGGGCGGCAGCGGGGCGCCGGCAGGAGCCAGCAGCGUCUGCAGCCGCGCCGGCCGCCCGCGCCCCGGCGCGCUCCGGCUCGGCCAUGGAGCUGCCAGCUGUUGGCGAGCACGUCUUCGCGGUGGAGAGCAUCGAGAAGAAGCGGAUCCGCAAGGGCAGAGUGGAGUAUCUGGUGAAAUGGAGAGGCUGGUCCCCCAAAUAUAACACGUGGGAGCCGGAGGAGAACAUCCUGGAUCCCCGGCUGCUGAUCGCCUUCCAGAACAGGGAACGGCAGGAGCAGCUGAUGGGAUAUCGGAAGAGAGGGCCGAAGCCCAAACCGCUGGUGGUGCAGGUACCUACCUUUGCCCGUCGCUCCAACGUGCUGACUGGACUCCAGGACUCCUCCGCAGACAACCGCUCCAAGCUGGAGCUGGGCGCUCAGGGCAAGGGCCAGGGCCACCAGUACGAGCUCAACAGCAAGAAGCACCACCAGUACCAGCCCCACAGCAAGGAGCGAACCGGCAAGCCCCCCCCGCCCGGCAAGAGCGGCAAGUAUUACUACCAGCUCAACAGCAAGAAGCACCACCCCUACCAGCCGGACCCCAAGAUGUACGACCUGCAGUACCAGGGCGGCCACAAGGAGGCGCCCAGCCCCACUUGCCCGGACCUGGGCGCCAAGAGCCACCCGCCGGACAAGUGGGCCCACGGCGCGGGGGCCAAGGGCUACCUGGGAGCCGUGAAGCCCUUGGCCGGUGCGGCCGGGGCCCCAGGCAAGGGCUCCGAGAAGGGCCCCCCCAACGGGAUGACGCCGGCCCCCAAAGAGGCGGUGACGGGCAACGGGAUUGGGGGCAAGAUGAAGAUCGUCAAGAACAAGAACAAGAAUGGACGCAUCGUGAUCGUGAUGAGCAAAUACAUGGAGAACGGCAUGCAGGCGGUGAAGAUCAAGUCCGGCGAGGCGGCCGAGGGCGAGGCGCGCUCCCCCAGCCACAAGAAGCGGGCCGCCGAGGAGCGCCACCCUCCGGCCGACAGGACUUUCAAAAAGGCAGCGGGGACGGACGAGAAGAAGGCGGAAGCACCAUCCAAGAGGAGGGAGGAGGAGGCGCCGGGGGCCGGCGACCCGCAGCCCCAGGACGCCGGCUCCCGCAAGCUCUCCCCCACCAAGGAGGCCUUCGGCGAGCAGCCGCUACAGCUCACCACCAAGCCCGACCUGCUGGCCUGGGACCCGGCCCGGAGCUCCCACCCGCCCUCCCACCACCACCACCACCACCACCACCAUCACCACCACCACCACUCGGUCGGCCUCAAUCUCUCCCACGCGCGCAAGCGCUGCCUCUCCGAGACCCACGGCGAGCGCGAGCCCUGCAAAAAGCGCCUCACGGCGCGCAGCAUCAGCACCCCCACCUGCCUGGGGGGCAGCCCGGCCGCCGAGCCCCCCACCGACGUGCCCCCCACCGCCGCCCUCCCGCAGCCCGAGGUCAUCCUGCUGGACUCGGAUCUGGACGAGCCCAUAGACUUGCGCUGCGUCAAGACGCGCGGCGAGGCCGGAGAGCCCCCAAGCGCCCUCCAAGUGAAGCCCGAGGCGCCCGCGACGGCGUCGGCGGUGGCGGCCGCCGCGCCGGUGACGGCGGCCGAGAAGCCUCCAGCCGAGGCCCAGGACGAGCCCGAGGAGCCGCUGAGCGAUUUCAAGCCCUUCUUUGGGAAUAUAAUUAUCACCGACGUCACCGCGAACUGCCUCACCGUCACGUUCAAGGAGUACGUGACGGUGUAGCCAGAGGGCUUCGGAAGGGGAAGCGCCAUCCCCGCGGGUGGCUUAGCACCUGGUGCCUAGGGGCGGACUCCUCCUCUCUCGCCAGCUGCGGGAGAUCCGGGCCUGCCCCCCGAAGUGAGGACGCCCGGAGCCGCAGAAUCCGCGUC